AUGUCGGUAAUCACCAUUGUUCAACGCGCCCUCCCCUUCUCGCUCCCUUGGAAACGAAGACAUACAACCAACAAAGAGAAGGAUCUCGACCCCGAAAGCCCAGACCUGGCCUUCCACGAGGACGAACUCUUCGGCAAUCAAUUAACCGAUUCUCCCGGCACAACGCUGCACUAUGACGUCUCCGACGCUGUGCAUGUAGCGGUGAAGCAGCCCCUGGAUGACACGACGAACCCCGAUGCGUCUGGUCCUGAAUCAGACACUGACUCGGAAUCCGAGUACGAGACCCGGCUCUCAGAUCAUAGCCAGGUCGGCACACGCGAGCAACUUGGUCGAGCCGUGAACUGGGCUAGUAUCGUCCGCAGUCAUUCUCGAUGGACCACAAAGCAAGAGAGACAGCUCUGGAUCGCAGAGAAGGAGUUGAGAAGGUGUCAGAAAGCGUGGAGCUCGGAGCAAGAGGUGUGGUUGGCAUAUGUACGUGUUCCGUGGUUGAUUAGAUGGUCAUCUGUAACAGCAAUCCUGGCUCUAACGCACUUUUCUUUUUUUUUCACUCUUGAUCAGAUCCAACUAUUGAGUGAAGAAAAACAAGCUCAUCAAGACUUUAUGCUGAUGCGCAUGAAGCAGCAGGAAGAGGAGCGGAAUCAGUUUCGCAAGUCUUGGAAGAAGCGCCGGUCUGUGGAGACCGCACUGGAGGAGAAGCAGUUCAAUUUCCCCAUCAGCAGAAACUCUGGUGGAAUGAACAAGUUCCGUCCGUUGCCACUAUAUGGAAAUGUGGUACCUAAUAUGGCUAGAGCAGAGCCCACUGCCGUAGCAUGUCGGGCAUGA